AUGGCCCAGAUAGGACCCAAAUUUGCCGGGUUUUUGCCUGCAUAUCUUCUUGCGUUUUCCAAUGCUGAUACGCAGGCACGAGCACUGGGUGGUGGUGGUUCGGGAGGAGCAGCGGGCGAGGGUGGUGCGACUGCGACUGUUGGCACCAAACCGGGCGAGGGUGGUGCGACUGUGCCUGUAGGCACCACACCGGUGAGUCUCUGA